AUGAGGGUACGACACGCAAGUCGGCGACAGCGGACCAAGCUGUCGGGUGGUCAGCGCCAGCGUAUUGCUAUCGCCAGGAGCAUUGUCCGAAAGCCGAAAAUCGUCAUUCUUGACGAGGCCACGAGUGCCAUCGACGUACGGGGAGAAAAGAUUGUCCAGGCAGCGCUAGACAGGGUUGCCCGCAACAGAACCACCAUCACCAUUGCCCAUCGCCUGUCCACAAUCAAGAAGGCCGACAAGAUCAUCGUCCUGAAGAAGGGCCAGGUUAUGGAGCAGGGCACUCAUCACAGCCUUCUUGAGGACGAGAACGGUCUAUACUACGGACUUGUGCAUGCUCAGCAACUCUCCCUCGGUGAGCCUACCGAGGCCAACACGGACGACAGCGAAGAGGACCUCAAUACCAUUCUUCAGAGAGAAAAGAGCGCGGCGUACUCCGAAGCGGAACAAGUCAACGACAAAUCAAACGACAAGCCACCCAACCUCUUCAGCAGCUAUGGAAAGCUUAUAGUCGAACAACGCGCGCGAUGGCCUUUUUACAUCAUUAUCAUCCUGGCCGCCAUGGGCGGCGCCUCCUCCACUCCAUUGCAGGCUUGGUUGCUGGCCCAAGUCCUGAAUGUCUUCACAAUUCAAGAUCCUGGAGAGAUCCGAAGCGAAGGCAACUUCUGGUCGCUGAUGUGGGCUGUUCUAGCCAUUGGCGUCGGUAUCAGCUACUUCUCCGUCAUCUACUCCGCCGUUUUCCUGCAGUACCGCAUCAGUGCUGUUUACAAACGCCAAUAUUUCGGGGCUAUCCUGUUUCAACGGACGUCCUUCUUUGACCAAGAGGAGAAUUCGCAGGGAUCACUGACAGCCAGGGUCUCCGGCGACCCCAAACAGCUUGAAGAGCUGCUUGGCAUCAACAUUGCUUUCCUUCUCAUGGGCAUGCUCCAGGUUAUUGGUGCCCUGUCAAUCGCUUUUGCCUUCGGCUGGAAGUUGGCCCUCGUGGCCACAUUCGUGACCAUGCCCAUCGGCCUGUUCUCGGCCUACUGGAGAUUCAAGUAUGAAAUGCAGUUUGAUCAGAUGAACGGCGCCGUGUUUGCGGAGAGUGCCAAGUUUGCAGCUGAGGCCAUCGGCGCUUUCCGCACCGUUUCGGCCCUGACACUGGAGGAUACCAUCAACAGACGCUACGGAACCCUUCUCAACGAUCUGAGAAGCAAUGCUCUGAAGAAGGCGUGGCUGGCCUCGUUUAUUGUGGCCUUUGCUGAAAGCUCCGGGCUCGGCUGCCAAGGUCUCAUCUUCUGGUACGGCGGACGACUCUUGGCCAGUCGGGAAUACGACAUGGUCGCCUUCUUUGUCUGCUUCAUGGCAGCUAUUCAGGGUGCCGAGGCGGCCGGACAGGCCCUCAGCUUCGGGCCUAACGCGGCUCAGGCCAGCGCUGCUGCGAGCCGCAUCAUCAAGAUGCGCGACUCCCGAAACCUCGACGAGCAUGCCGAGUCGGCGACCAUUCCUGACACCGAAGGCGGUGUCAAGAUUGAGCUGCGGGAUGCUCACUUCAAGUAUCCUACUCGCAACGUGUCCGUCUUCAAGGGUAUCAACCUCACUGUCGAGAAGGGCCAGUUCGCCGCCUUGGUCGGAGCGUCUGGCUGCGGCAAGACCUCCAUCGUGUCGCUGAUGGAGCGCUUUUACGAUCUGACCCAAGGCGACAUCCUCUGCAACGGCAAGAGCAUAUACGAUCUGAACAUAUACGAGUACCGCAAGGCCUUGUCGUUGGUUGCUCAGGAACCCAACAUGUUCCAAGGCACCAUCCGCGAAAACAUUCUGCUCGGCAUCGACGGGGACGUGCCAGACGAGCGACUCCACGCCAUCUGCCGCGACGCAUCCAUCCACGACUUUAUCGUGUCCCUGCCCGAGGGCUAUAACACCGACAUUGGCUCCAAGGGUGUAUCUCUUUCUGGCGGCCAGAAGCAGCGCAUCGCCAUUGCGCGUGCGCUUGUCCGCGAUCCCAAGAUUUUGCUCCUCGAUGAGGCGACCAGCUCGCUCGACUCCGAGUCGGAGAAGCUCGUGCAGGCGGCGUUUGAGCGCGCCAGCAAGGGCCGCACCAUGCUCGUCGUCGCACACAGGUUGGCGACUGUCCAGAACGCCGACGUCAUCUUCGUCAUGGGCGAGGGUAAAGUGCUGGAGAAGGGCAACCACGUGGAGCUUUUGAAGAAGAAGGGCGUCUACUGGCACAUGUGCCAGAGCCAGGCUCUCGAUCGCUAA